AUGUAUCUCCCCCCUGAACUCCGCCUCAUGAUCAUGGAAAAGGUCGCCCACCAAAAAUUUCCAGGCUGGGAAUCCUGUGCCACGAUCAACAGAGAAUGGCAAGACGUGAUUGAAAAAGAAAACUACAAGAAGCUGAAGCUGGAAGUCUCCGAUCUCGACGAAUUGAACGUCAUGGUCCCACGCCACAAAAGACACUUGGUCAAGCACAUCUUCUUCGAGAUCGACCUCCCCAGAGACCAAUCCGCCUGCUGUGCGAGAUGGAACCCUCCACCAUCCAACAUCAGUAAAAUCGUCAAGGAGGCCAUCAUGAAGCUCUUUACCACCCUCAGCACCUGGGACAAGGGCAGCUUGACGCUGGAACUCAACGUCCUCUCACCCAGCGACUCCGAGCACUGGUUCCAGCCGCUGUACUUUUCCGACGACCGCACCGAGGGAGACGGUAAAAUGGUCACCGACCUUAACCAUGGCUGGGUCAACGGCAAGCAAGUCAGGUAUGCGCCGGAGGAGGCCGUGCGUCGAAUGUUUCGGCCUAUCAAGCUGGACACGAGCUUCGAGCGCGAGCCGCUUCCCAAGGUUGUCUGCGCGACGAAGUUUCUUUCCAAAUGUGUCACCAGCCUGGUAGUAUUCCAAGACUCCCGCAAAUUCUACAAAGUCUUCCAGCAACGGCAGCAGAACGGGGGUCCCACGCCCCCUACCAUCAACUCCGUCGCCAUUGGAGACGCCCUGGGCGACACCUUCGCCAGGAAGAGCCUCGGCCUGAAGCACCUCGCCGUUUCAUUCAUGGUCGACGCCAAGGAUGUCCUCCGCCACUGCAAGCCGGCCUAUACGUGGCCGCAGCUCAAGACCGUGGCGCUCACCUCGCAGCUCCUGAAAGAGGACGCGAACCUGAACCCGGACAGCCAAGGCAGGAUCAAGGACUUGCUAUGCAGGGCUGCGGCUAUAGCGAAGCGCAUGCCGGAGCUGGACACGUUUGUGCUCUGGAACGGCGCAAAGGGCGAUGCCUGCGCCUUCAUCUAUCGCGUCAAGGGGAGCAAAGCGUCCAUUACCUGGCGCGGGACGUGGGAUCUGGAGAUGAGCCCCAAGGUGGUUGAGACGUGGAAUUCCGUGGCCCUGACACGAUCCUGGCGGGAGAUUGAGAUAUACCAGGAGCGGAUUGGGAGCGAGGUGAACUGCGUUGGCGAUGCCAUCCGCCACUUGAAACUCCCCUGCCGGGUUGUUGAGCCAGCGUCUCUGUGGCAGAUGCGCAGGGAGGGAAACUUGGUCCCGUACGGCACCAAAUGA